ACUAAGAUACUCAGUUCCAAGUUUGGAGCUUUUAGCUGCCAGCCCUGGCCCAUCAUGUAGCUGCAGCACAGCCUUCCCUAACGUUGCAACUGGGGGAAAAAAUCACUUUCCAGUCUGUUUUGCAAGGUGUGCAUUUCCAUCUUGAUUCCCUGAAAGUCCAUCUGCUGCAUCGGUCAAGAGAAACUCCACUUGCAUGAAGAUUGCACGCCUGCAGCUUGCAUCUUUGUUGCAAAACUAGCUACAGAAGAGAAGCAAGGCAAAGUCUUUUGUGCUCCCCUCCCCCAUCAAAGGAAAGGGGAAAAUGUCUCAGUCGAAAGGCAGGAAGCGAAACCCUGGCCUUAAAAUUCCAAAAGAAGCAUUUGAACAACCUCAGCCCAGUUCCACGCCACCUCGAGACUUAGACUCUAAAGCUUGCAUUUCUAUUGGAAAUCAGAACUUUGAGGUGAAGGCGGAUGACCUGGAACCUAUAAUGGAACUGGGGCGAGGUGCGUACGGGGUGGUGGAGAAGAUGCGACACGUGCCCAGCGGGCAGAUCAUGGCGGUGAAGCGGAUCCGGGCCACAGUAAAUAGCCAGGAGCAGAAAAGGCUACUGAUGGAUUUGGAUGUUUCCAUGAGGACAGUGGACUGUCCUUUUACCGUCACCUUUUAUGGUGCACUCUUCCGGGAGGGCGAUGUUUGGAUCUGCAUGGAGCUCAUGGAUACGUCGCUAGAUAAAUUCUACAAACAAGUGAUCGAUAAAGGCCAAACAAUUCCAGAGGACAUCUUAGGGAAAAUAGCAGUUUCUAUUGUAAAAGCGUUAGAACACUUACACAGUAAGCUCUCUGUCAUUCAUCGAGACGUCAAGCCUUCCAACGUGCUGAUCAACACUCUGGGCCAAGUAAAGAUGUGCGAUUUUGGAAUCAGUGGCUACCUUGUAGACUCUGUUGCUAAAACUAUUGAUGCAGGAUGCAAACCGUACAUGGCCCCUGAAAGAAUAAACCCAGAGCUCAAUCAGAAGGGAUACAGUGUGAAGUCUGACAUUUGGAGUCUGGGCAUCACAAUGAUUGAGUUGGCGAUCCUUCGGUUUCCCUACGACUCUUGGGGAACCCCCUUCCAGCAGCUCAAACAGGUGGUCGAGGAACCCUCGCCACAACUCCCGGCGGAUAAAUUCUCUGAAGAGUUUGUUGACUUUACCUCACAGUGCUUGAAGAAGAAUUCCAAAGAACGGCCAACAUAUCCAGAACUUAUGCAACAUCCAUUUUUCACCCUACACGAAUCCAAAGCAACAGACGUGGCAUCUUUUGUAAAACUGAUUCUUGGAGACUAAGUACCGUGGACUCAGUCGGUUGGCCCUCCUGUGGAUUGGUGGGUUUACAGGGUGAAGAGGUUCACAAAAGCGCCAAUAGAAACUCAUCUUUGAGAUAAUUUAAUCCUGCCUCUCAGAAGGUUUUUUUUUU